UUUUUCAAAAGCCGGAAUAUCCAAGUACGACGCUACUUUCAAAUAAGCUUCCAGUAGUUUGUGGGAUAUGCAAACGGUUGUUUUACAGUACCAAUUAACGAUCUAUUGAUGACUGAGAGCUGUAUAGCCCGGAUACGUGAAUUCAAUCGUGUUAUAUGGGGUGGAUCCAAUGUGAAGACAGAUUUGUUCAAACGUUGGUGUCAAGGUGAAUAGUUUUCGUUACCGUAACUUUGCUUAGGAUUUUCAUUUAGCCCUGUUGAGUUUAGUGCUUUGGUACAAUCAACAGGUGGUCCAUGUGCUAUUAUAGCUACUACUCAAGCCACAAUUAUGUACGAGGUUUUGUUCAUUCGCAAGCAGAACCUAGCUGAUAUUACAGGUACAUUUUUGUCAUGAAAUGGGCACUAAAAAUUAGAUGUCGACAAUAUGGAAAUUCUACUGAGCGCGCUGUUAAGAAUAAUUCUAUUGGUUUCGAGUGAUCGCCAAAGCCAUUUUUGCUGGGUUUACUGGUGCGAAGAUGAAGAACCAGCGAGUUCUGAGUCCUCUAUUCAAAGUUUGUAAUAAGAGUGAUUUCGGGAAUUUUAUUUUAGAUGAAAAAUGUGCCACCAGUGAUUUCAGUGCUGCCAAUAGGUCAUCGGAUUCUAAUAUAAACCAGCUUGGAGAAUGCGGUUUCCAGAAAUUUAUUAAUGGUUUAAGAUGCUUCGAAGCGGAAACUGUCGAGGAACUCCGUGCGGUUGCUUUCUCGUUACUUCCUCAAAUAAAAUCAAAAUAUGGAGUAUUGUGCUUCCUUUAUUCUGUUUUGUUCACACAUGGACUUCAGUCACUUAUAAACGAAAUGAACGGUGAAAUGGAUGCUUUGAUUGAUCCAAUUCAUGGACAUGCUAGUCAGUGUCUGAUUAAUUUAUUAAUUACUGGAGAAAGCACGCCAUAUUUAUUCGAUGGUGAAAGAGAUCUCGGAGGAUUUACAUUGAAAGGUAUAUCCAGGCAACCGAAAACCGGUUUCUUGACUUUUGUUGAAGCAAUGAGAUAUUGUGAAGUGGGAUGGUUCUUGAAAAAUCCAUACUACCCAGUUUGGAUUUUGGGAUCUGAGACACACUUAACCGUUUUGGCGUCGCCAGACAUGUCGUUGGUGUCAAAAAAUGUCAAGUCAGAAAUUAACUCCAUAUCAGGUUUACGUCAAGCUGAAGCUGAGUUUAAUUAUCUAAGCCCAGAUAAAGAUACUGGAGGUUUUAUCAGUUCGUCAGAUUUUGAAAAAUUACUGACCAAAUUACGUCUAUCUACAGGAUCCCAACAAGUAAAUGAUUUAGUUACAAAACUAGAUCCUGAAGGUUUAGGAAUAAUUUUGAAGAAAGACUUCCUACAGUUCUUUUAUCCCGAAGAAAUGGCAAAGCACACCACUGAAGUUAUUAGCUUUCAGUUAAUCCAUUAUAAUGGUUUGGAACACUCUAAUACUGAUGGUCGGGUUCGAUACAGUAUUGGUGAAGCCCGCUUAAUAGAUCCUACAGAAGAGCUUAUCGAGACCCAGCCUAUUGAUCAAAGUCCUAUACAGCAGUGCUUGGCAACAAAAUGGCCUACAAUAAGAAUCAAAUGGAACGUAAACAGAAGUCCGUCACUGAACUAAUUUAUUUGUAAUAUAUUGCAGUAGCAACUCAUCAUUAUUACCCAAACGCUUUCAAAUCUAAAUUUGUACAGUUUAUCACUUUGUAAUCAAAAUGGAGUGUUUUUAUGUA